AGAUAGACGGAGAUCUCUGGAUCAGACUUCAAGAUCACUUCCAUUUCUAUCUGGUUCUCGUCUGGGGGGGCCCUGGCCGGGCAGCCCCCCCACAUUUCUCCUGCCCUGAAACACGGCUCUAGCCAACCUGCUCCGCUGCUUCACCUGCGACCGGCUCUGUGGGGGCUGCACAGCACCAGCCCCUCCAGCCCGCCAGGGCAUCGUGCUUCAACCCGUCAUGCCCAGCUGCGACCCCGGCCCAGCCCCCGCCUGUCUACCCACCAAGACAUUCCGAAGCUACCUGCCCCGCUGCCACCGCACGUACAGCUGUGUCCACUGCCGCGCACAUCUGGCCAAACACGAUGAGCUUAUUUCCAAGUCCUUCCAAGGGAGCCAUGGCCGAGCCUACCUGUUUAACUCCGUGGUCAACGUGGGCUGUGGGCCAGCGGAACAGCGCCUCCUGCUCACGGGGCUCCACUCGGUAGCUGACAUUUUCUGCGAAAGCUGCAAGACCACGCUGGGUUGGAAAUAUGAACAAGCUUUUGAGACAAGCCAGAAAUACAAAGAAGGGAAAUACAUCAUUGAGAUGUCACACAUGGUGAAGGACAACGGCUGGGACUGAGGGGCUCAGGCAGGCCAUGCCCUUCCUCCGCAUGCCCCACCCUCCUCACACACCUGCCCCACGGCCCUGCCAUGCAGUCCAUACCAGCAUGAGUACUGCCCCACCCCUGGGGGAAAAACCCGGCUCCAACCAACGCCUUCCCUGCCUCUACCACAUUACUCCCAGGACCCCCUUGGCACAGGGGUCUGGUAGAACCCCAGGGGUGUUCAAGGCAUAGGAGGAAGUGGGCAGCGGUCAGAGAAACCCAGAACUGGGGAGAGGAAAUGGUGGUGGUCCCUUGUUCCUAAGGCCUGAUAGAAGUGAUGGCAGGGAGUGAAUUCAAGCAGAAAGGACCUUAGGAAGGGGAAAAAAAAAAAA